CCAAGAGCACAUCUCGGUGCGAACCAAAACUGAUCGUAUUACGUUUUGGCCAUAGGAUUACUUACUUAAGGUGUUUCGGGCAUUUAUUUAUUUUCCUGUCACUCUUGUCGCAAAAUCAAAUCGUUCGGACGAAGACUUUUUCAUUAUUUUUUAUUAUGAAUUAUUCAUAAAAGUAUAUACAAUAGUUUGCUUUGGCAAACUGGUAUUUUUCACUUAGGGUCAACUUUUAAUAUAAACAGUUCUGUUUGUUCCUGAGUGUUGUGAGGUUUCAGUCACCAGUUAUGUUGCAGUACUUAACAAUAGGACUGCUCUUGGUGUCAACUGCUCGUGCCCAAGAAAUCCAGAGUGGAGUCCAAAAUGCCCCCCAAUUAUACAACGAUGGCUAUUACCCAACAGAAAAAACAAAAUUCGACAUGUUCGACUGGCAGCUGGUGCAGGACCUCAGCGGAAAACACAGCAACGUUUUAAUAUCCCCUGUAAGCUUGAAACUGGUCUUAGCCUUGUUGUACGAAGGUUCCGGUGGCGAGACCGCAAAGGAAUUCCAAAGCGUCUUGGGAUUCCAGAACAAAGAUGAGUCUAAGGAUUAUUUUAACAAAACACUUGCGUUGAUACAGAACACCAGAGGACAAGACUACGUAUUAAAUUUCGGCUCCAGACUAUUUUUGGACAAUCAAAUGACCCCGCAGCCGAAAUUUAAGGCAAUCGCGUACGACACGUACAAGACUGAAAUUGAGCCCACCAAUUUCGAAGAUGCCCUGAACGCGUCCGCCACAAUUAACACGUGGAUCAGCAAACUGACCCACGGCAAAGUUACCGAAAUUGUUAAACCAGAUGACUUAACGAAAGCGGUGAUGGUGGCCACCAACGCCAUAUACUUCAAGGGUAAUUGGGUGCACCAGUUCCCGAAGAACGAAACCAGAAAGGGUAAAUUUAAUUUGUUGUCGUUCACCAAAGUCGAAGUGGAGUACAUGUCCACAAUCGGCGACUUCUAUUACCACGAACAUACAGAAUUGGACGCCACCUUCCUAAGACUGCCCUACAAAGGCAACAAAUAUUCGUUGUGGAUUGUUUUGCCCAACGCAAAGACAGGCCUUACUGAUCUGCUGAAGAACAUCAACACGAUGUACAUUGACAACGCCCUGUACUUUGUGGAUAAAAAGACCGUGCACGUCACCAUCCCCAAGUUCCAUUUCAAUUUCCAAGAAAAUUACGUUAGACUUUUGCGAAAGAUCGGACUGAGGCAGAUGUUCCAGAACACGGCCAGUUUCCCCGGCAUCGUGCGUGGCAACAGCAACGUCCUGCGUCUGCUGCAGGUCUCGGACGUCAUACAGAAGACCGGCAUCGAACUGGACGAGGAAGGCAGCACCGUGUUCGCGGCCUCGGGUGUGAACAUCGGCAACAAGUUUGGGGAGCCACAGUAUUACUUUAACGCCAGCCACCCCUUCUUGUUCUUCGUGCUGGAGGAGACCGGAAGUAACAUUCUCUUCAUGGGCAAGGUGGAGAAUCCGUUGGAAAGCGACGUGAAACCUUCACCGCCGCAACAGGAACAAGAAUCAGCUCCAGAGCCCCAAAUCUCUACAAAUUUUCAACUCCUUCAACCCAACGGAGCCGAAGCUUUCCUGCAGCCAACGCCACAACUAGACCCCAUCCCUCUUAGUCCCCAAAACUCACCUCAAGACAUCAAUUUGAACGAUGGUCGACUCAAUUUCUUCGACAUCGCUUUAUUGAAAGAGGUGGCAAAUUCCCCAGGAAAUGUCUUGAUCUCACCCCUAAGCAUCAAGACCACCUUGGCAAUGGUCCUGGAAGGGGCCAAAGGAGUUUGCGCCGACGAAAUACAACAGGCCCUCAGAAUAGGCAACAUCGACCAAGCCCGUUAUUAUCUGAAGACAAUUCUGAGCAAACUCAAGGAGACCCGCUACUUGGACAGUUCGAACGCCGUCUUCGUCUCCAACAAGGUUAAGGUCUAUCCGGAGUACCAACAAAAGUUACUCGACUACAAAGCGGGCGUAACACAGGUGGACUUCACCAACGUGCCGCUCGCCGUCAGGACGAUCAACCAAUGGGUGCGGGACGUUACUAGGGGUGCAAUCACUGAAAUUAUCUCCGCAGAAAACAUUUACAAGGACUUUGCCGUUGUGAUCGCAAACGCCCUUUACUUCAAGGGCAAAUGGAAGACGUCUUUCGACGAGAAGAGCACCAGAUUGGAUAACUUUUAUGUACCUGGAAAGGGAGAGUUCCCAGUGCAGAUGAUGCAAGUCAACAACUUCUACAACUAUAAGUUUUUGCACGACUUGAACGCGGAAGCCAUAGACAUCCCCUAUGAGAACGAAUAUUCCAUGUUAAUUGUAAUGCCCGGAAAGGAAAAUAACAUCCACAACUUGGCCACUGACAUGCACAAACUAAGUGAUAUUUUGGACGACUUGAACAGGACCGAAUUGAAUUUAAACAUGCCCAAAUUCGAAAUCGAGUACACCAAGAACCUGAUUGAUGUGUUGAAACCACUGCACGUUACGACAAUAUUCAGCCCCCAGGCCAACUUGUCAGGCAUCGUAGAACAGGACAACGUGAGAGUGAACAACAUAAUCCACAAGACGAAAAUCGAAGUCGACGAACAAGGAACGAAGGCGGCCGCCGCCACCGGUGUCUUCGUCAUACCACUGAUGGGCUCGACCGCCAGAAAAGUGACCAUCAACAGGCCCUUCUUGUACUUCAUCUAUCACGUCAGCACCAGAACAAUCAUUUUCGAAGGGAUAUUCAGGGAGCCGCAGAUCGUCGGAAGGCAACAACCGGUACAGCCACAGCCCAGGCCUCUGACGCAACAACAGCCGCAACAAAUUUUAACCUCGAGGGGCAAUUUUAACUACUAUUAAAAAGAUUAUGUUAGCGACGUUAAUUUGUAUUUUUAUAAGUUUCGUCCUAUAUGGCGAAACACUUUGACUUAUAAGACUAUUUUUAUUAAUAUCAACUAUGUCAGCUUUUAAUAUAUUUUUUUUAAAUA